UUUUGUUUUCGUUUGUCUUUCGAUCGGUUUAGACACCUUAACUGAAGGUGGAUAUUUUUGGCAAAUUGAAAGUAAAAGUGAUAGUUCGAGUGAAAGAAAUCAUUUGGAUUAUUAUCAGAUAAUUGCACAACAAUUUUAUAUUAAUUUUUCUUGGAUUAAUCAACAUCUAAUAGUAAAAAGAUGAAAAUCACAUUAUUUGCACUCACAGCAUGUUGCUGUGUUCUCGUAUGUUCAGCAGCCAUCAACGAAGUAAAGAGCGGAGGAAGCAAAUCAGGAGAUCCAAAAGGCCGUUUCUUAUCACUUCCUAAUCCAAACAAGUGUGCAAGUCGACCCAAGAAAUUCCAAUUCAAAGGCCACAACUAUUUCUACAGUGAAGAUGUUCCCGCUCUUGCUGGCAAACGUGUUGAUUGGUUGGAAGCACGUAACCUUUGCCGCGAAUACUGUAUGGAUGCUGUCUCACUUGAAACUCAAGACGAGAACAAUCUUAUCUUCAAAUUAAUCCAAGAAAAUGAUGUUCCUUAUAUUUGGACGUCUGGUCGUUUGUGUGACUUCGACGGUUGUGAAGGUCGCAAGGAUUUAUUGCCAAAGAAUCUCAAUGGAUGGUUCUGGUCUGCAAAUCGCGAGAAGGUUACACCAACCAACCGCAACCCACCAGGUUGGGGAUACAACCCAUGGUCUCAAACUGGACACAAGAAAAUCGCACAACCAGACAACGCAGAGUUCGAUAUUAACCAAACAUCAGAGUCUUGUCUCUCAGUUCUCAACAAUGUUUAUAACGAUGGUAUUGCAUGGCAUGAUGUUGCAUGUUAUCAUGAAAAACCUUUCGUCUGCGAAGACUCUGAUGAACUUUUAAACUACGUUGCAGCCACAAAUCCCGGCUUGAGACUUUAAACUUCACACCAAUAGCUUCGUCAUUAAACUUUUAUCUCUACGUCCUUUUUUUGUUUAAGAAAAUCCACCUUUGAUCAUUUAUUUCCUUUCUUUCUUGCUCUUUUCUUCUUUUUGUGUAAUUUAUGUAAAAAUUCCCAAAGUUCUUUACAAAAAAAAAUUAUUUUCAUCUUUAAUUUUGUUUGUUUAUUUUUUUUUAUACAAAUCUUAUUUCUUAAUCAAUCAGAAUGUCAGACGAUUAAGUAUGCUUAAAAAUGUUUUGAAAGAUGAAAUAGAAGAAACAAUAAAUACGACAAAAUGAUAAAAAAAAGAUCGUGAAAUGAGUAGAUAAAUGAGAAAUUGUUUGUUUAAAUGAGAAAAUGCGUUUUAAAGUUAGUUAUUUAAAUUUAUGUAAAUUUAAUCUCGUAAGUAAAUUCAGAAGCAGCAGUUGUGGUGGUUCACUUACCUAAUAGCGAAUAUUUGACGUUUUAUGUUCAUGGAAGCAGAUUGAGGAAAGAGUUUAUUUCAACUUUUUUUUUUGGUGUGUUAUGGCAUGAAGUUUGUGCUUAUUAUGUUGGAUCCAUUCGACCAUUCUAAAGUUCAUCAUGAAUUUCAUCAAUAUUUUGAAGAUGAUCACCAUAAUCAGUAGCUUCGGAGCCUACGAAGAUAUCGUAUUUGUCUAUGAUUUCAUUAUAAGAUAAACGAUCAUCGUGAUCUUCAUCGGAGGCUGCAAAUAAAUGAUCAACUUCAUCAACAGCAACUUCUUCGUUACUUGGAACAAUCCAAGAGAGAAUUUCAUUAUGAUUCAAAUAACCGUCAUGGUCUUUGUCGAAAUCCGUGUCAAAUCUGUCCUUUUCUGUCAACAACCACUCUUUAUCAUGACCUUUUCCUUGAUCUCCAAUAAACUCUUGAAAAUCGAUUCUUCCGUCUUUAUUUAAAUCUUUAUCGCGUAAUGUUUGAUGGAGGAUAAGUGGCAACAUGUCAGGAUGCUCCUCGGGUGAAUGAAACUUUACAUGCUCAUCAAGAGAUAAAAAUCCAUCCUUGUCAAGAUCAGCAGCUUUAAACAUUUGUCUAUCAUCUUCCAACAGUUUUGAUUGUUCAUCAUCAUCGAUAGAGCUUAAGCCAUCGUCGGAAUCCAAUCCAUAUACAUCCUUCACAUAUUCUCCCCACGAUAUUUUAUCGUCAUUAUCCUCAUCUAAAUCUUCAAAUCUAUCCUCAGCUUCUUCUUCUGAUAGUUUCUUGAAGCUUCUCAAGAUCCAAGCUUUGAGUUCAUGCCGGUCAAUAAAUCCAUCGCUAUUCAAAUCCAUUUUUUGUACUAACAAACCCAGUCGACGUUUUGAUUCUUCUGGAGGUAAAUUAUCAUACUCUUCAGCAUCUUUAACACUACCUAAUAUAGCUUCAUGAUCAAACUCAGAGUGAUGUUCACCUUCUCCAUCGAAAUGAUCAUGAUCCUUUGGACUGAAUGCACCAUCUUCUAGUCGCUCCUUUCCAUGAGCAUGUUUAUGUGAUGCAGCUGCUCGUACUAUCAUUGGAACAAUCCAAAUAAGAAGAAAUAAGAUUGUUGGUAAAUUUCUUAUCAACAUGACUGCUUUCUUAUAUUUUUU